GCUGUCUGCCAGACCCGUGGGCUGUUACAACAAGACAGUGCCACAAUGCUGAGCUCAGGCCUGUGGAUUCCCCUCCUCUCCCUCCUCCUCCUAUUGCUCUCAGCGAUGGAGCUGAGCUGGUCCUUUACAGAUGAGGAAAAGCAGCAGAUUGUGGACCAGCACAACCUGCAUCGGUCCAUGGUUUCUCCUUCAGCUGCAAACAUGCUGAAAAUGCGCUGGGAUUCAGAACUGGAAGCCUUUGCCAAGAACUAUUCAACAAAAUGCAUUUGGGAACAUAAUAAAGAACGGGGCCACCGAGGCGAGAAUCUUUUUGCCAUGAGUGGAAGACUGGAUCUGGAGAGGGCAAUGGAUGACUGGUAUAAUGAGUACCAAUAUUAUAAUAUCAGCACAUUGACGUGUGAAGAGGGGCAAAUGUGUGGUCAUUACACCCAGGUAGUUUGGGCCACCAGUGAGCGUGUUGGUUGUGGGACCACAUUCUGCAAAACCCUGGAAUUGACAAAUGAUACUGACAUGCAUUUGUUCGUCUGCAACUAUGAGCCCCCGGGAAAUAUAAGGGGACGUAAGCCAUAUAUUGAAGGAGCAUCAUGUUCCAUGUGCCCAGAUGAUUAUUCCUGCAAGGACAAUAUCUGUGAAUCCAGUGCUGAUGUAGAAGAAACUACUGUACCACCUACAACCUCUGGGUUGGAACCAACUACUAUCCUAACAGCAAGCCCAGAUCUGCAGUCCAUCAUGACAGUUUCAGCACCAUACAUACCAGAAAGUCCCAAAAUUGGCACAGAAGCAGGAUCUGAACCCACUGCUAUAGAAGAUCAAACCACCAUCCCAACUGCAAGCCCAGAUCUGCAGUCCACCACAACAGUUUCAGCAGCAGACACACCAGAAAGUCCCAAAAUCGGCACAGAAGCAGGAUCUAAACCCACUGCUAUAGAAGAUCAAACUGCCAUCCCAACUGCAAGCCCAGAUCUGCAGUCCACCACAACAGUUUCAGCAGCAGACACACCAGAAAGUCCCAAAAUUGGCACAGAAGCAGGAUCUGAAUCCACUGCUAUAGAAGAUCAAACCACCAUCCCAACUGCAAGCCCAGAUCUGCAGUCCACCACAACAGUUUCAGCAGCAGACACACCAGAAAGUCCCAAAAUUGGCACAGAAGCAGGAUCUAAACCCACUGCUAUAGAAGAUCAAACUGCCAUCCCAACUGCAAGCCCAGAUCUGCAGUCCACCACAACAGUUUCAGCAGCAGACACACCAGAAAGUCCCAAAACUGGCACAGAAGCAGGAUCUGAAUCCACUGCUAUAGAAGAUCAAACCACCAUCCCAACUGCAAGCCCAGAUCUGCAGUCCACCACAACAGUUUCAGCAGCAGACACACCAGAAAGUCCCAAAAUUGGCACAGAAGCAGGAUCUAAACCCACUGCUAUAGAAGAUCAAACCACCAUCCCAACUGCAAGCCCAGAUCUGCAGUCCACCACAACAGUUUCAGCAGCAGACACACCAGAAAGUCCCAAAACUGGCACAGAAGCAGGAUCUGAACCCACUGCAACAGAAGGGCCAACCCUUUCCUUAGAGCCAAUUUCAGAUAUGGAUGUUAGAGUACCUGACUUGCAGACAGGCACAGAUGGGAUUGAUGGGUCCUUGAUGACCACAACAAGUGCUAUGUCUUUUCUAGAUUUGACAACACUGCUUAGUUCUACUUCCCCUGAAACAGGAACUAAAAAAGCUGCUGGCACAGAACAUCCUUCUUCUGCUGAUGGCUCAAUCACAACCCAAACAACCACGAUCAAAACUGAGCAACCUGUAACUACUCUCACCCCAACGCAUUCCACCUCAAAGACCCCUUCCACUCCUAAACAACCAUCUGUUCCGAAGCCCCCCUCUGUCCCUAAGCCCCCCUCUGUCCCUAAGCCCCCCUCUGCCCUUAAACCCUCCCCUGUCCCUAAGCCCCCCUCCAUCCUUAAGCCUCCUUCCAUUGCCAAGCCUCCGUUUUUUCCUAGGCCACCCCCCAUCCCUGUGAAAACUCCCAUCUCUAAGACACCAGCACGCCAUCGUUUGAUGGCCUAUUCCAAAGCCAUACAGAGCCGCAGCAAUGCUUUCCAGUCUUCUGCAGGUAAGGCAGCUUCAAUGUCUGUCUGCCUGCCCUGCCUUGGGUGCAAACAGAUCAGCCAGCCGGAGGACAUAAAGGCUGCACUUAAGGAGCUGACCUUCAGAUAUCCCUAUGCACCUUGCUUUGGUUCACUUCCUCGAUGGCAGAGGCAUAGCAAAUGCAGUUGGUGUGGGCACACUUGGGGCAAUGCACUUAAAAAGACCAGGCCUUACUGGCUCAACAGUUUAUAGUAAUACUGUACAUAAUCUAAUGUAUUUAUAUGCAUUUAUAUGCAAACUCCUCCCCUCUUUCACUUUGUGCACCCCUGCAUAUGGGUCUCUGUGUGCAUGCAUGCACAUCUGUUUUUCUCUCUUCCCAUGGCUGAGCAAACACUCCAUCAAAUGUGGCCCAAGCUGGUCCAAAGGAUUUUGGAUUAUAGAAUUAUAAUCCUAUAAGGAUUAUAGGAUUUUCAACAAUGUCAAGGGGUUUAUUUGGGAAAUGUUCUCUAUUUCCACUGCCUCUACGUUUUCCUCAGCCAAGAUUGUGGGAGAACAUCUCAUUUCUUCUUUCCUUUCCCCAUGAUUUUGGCCAGAGUCAAAGUGCAGUAGUAACAGAACCUUGGCAUGUGUGUCUGACUUGAAGCCCUGACACAGUUUUCCACAUCACCUUCCUUGUGGCAUAUUUAUUUAUAGGACUGUGCCCACAUGCCAUUCUCAUACCUCCCAUUCUGCUUUUGAGUUAGGGUUAGAAUGUCCCCAGUACAUUCUUCUUUAUUAAUCUGUUAUCUGCCCCAAAUGCCAGACUAUUAAAAAAAAAUCUGGAUCUUGAAAAUGGAAUAAAUUAUACAAGCAGAGCAAGGGCAUGCACAUUUACUGACUUCUUCAGCAUAUUUCAAAAUAGGAAUUCAUUUUUUGCUUUUCUUGAUAUUUAUGCUGAGGCUUUGUGACCUAGAAAAAAAAUACAAAC